CCCAGAGAGCACAAAAAAGUUUGGAAAGUCCAGGCAUCGUUACAUUGCUCAAAGCACCACAUCCCCGCCCGUGGAUUAUAAACCUACUUUGUUCGAGAUAGACACCUACAUAAAAAUCUUUUGCUGCUCUGCCACCAGACAAGCACGCUUCAACCUCCGCCCGAGUGUCUUCACACCCCAGAGACUGAGAUUCAGCUUUCUCCCAACACCUUAAACUUCAGCAGCAGAGAUGGAGGAUUGCGUGACACGGUUUGCCCUUUUUCUGUGCAUCAUCGCUACUACAGCCUUUGCCACAAGUCAGACAUGCACCCCGGUGACUUCAAAAGGUGAGAAAGGCAGUCCGUGGAUCGUGAAUGAGAUUGGCUGUUGGACCAGUUUUGUCAGAGAGGACAAGGCAGAGGUCCACAUCUUUAAACUGAACUUUAAUAACCCGGAAAAUGUCAUAUUUCAAAUUGACUUGACCGAUGCAAAGCCAAUGCACCUUAUCCUCACAUCUGCAGAAACAGCUUAUGGUUUAUGCUAUCUCAACAGCGAGGUUCACUUGUAUACAAACCAAAACUCCACAAUUACACUACACAAUGCCAAGGAACAGAGUUUUCAGAGAAAUUUCCAUUUGAUACAAGGUUUACCCUCCGAAGAGGAGGAGCUGAUCAAAUGGGCAACAGAGACGUUUGGGGGUGUGACUUCAUUCACUACUCUUAGUAAUGCGGAUCAUAUCACAUCAACAGGAACACAGGGUGAGAGACAUUUGUGUAAAGGAACCAAGCCAGGCUCUCCAAUCUGUACACUUGAAAUUGAAGAUCUCCUGGAGAAGCAUUUCAUGAAGAUUCAAUCAAAUCCAAUCAAAUUUUGCUUCCCACAGCAGCAGGCCUCAAGUCCUGAAACUGAGCUUCAUAUUAUAAACAUCGCAGAGAAUUCCAGCAUUCGCAAUGUAUCCCUGCACGUGCGUGCAAAGAAGCAGACCCGCGUGUUCAUGAGGGGUCCUCAGGGCACCAUGUGGACCUUCAUCAAUCCACAACACACUUCGUUUGCUUCUAACAAUGAAAUAACGCUGAAUCAUGCCUCAGCCUCGCACAAAAUACCCCCUGCGUUGACACUGACUAGUGAUACUGCAUCAGAUGUGCAAAGGAUGGCUUUGUACCAUUUUAAAGUCCCUACUUUUGCCAGCUAUACUGAAUUGGAAUUAAAAGAAUCGAGGAUUUCACUGGUUCUAAAGAAAAACGAGAGCCCAACAGUUGCACCAAGCGUUCCGGCACCAGGCAAUCCUGUUGCGACAAAUUCCCCCACUCAAAUCCCCAUGGUGAUAAUGCUGUACACCUCUGCAGACUAUCAGAUGCCCAUAGACUUUAACACCAAAAUCCAGACCGACAAGAGAAUUUUUGCAGAGAUUUCUGGAAACACUUUAGGGAGUCUAGUCUUGACUUGGAAGGUGACCAAAUGUAUUUUGCGAUCCAAAGGCUCGUGCCUUGCAGAGAAAAACUUGCCCUUCUUUCCAGUGGACUGCCCCUCAAAUUCUUGUCCUAACAGAGCUCGAUUCGCCUUCUCCAUAGAGCAGCUUCAGGAGCUUUCAUCCACCACAUGGGACAUGGAAUGUGAUGUCAGCUUUUGUUAUACUGAGCAAUGUGCAUAUGGAGGAAAAGCCAGCAGGAAUUUGGAAUUUACCCAACCAUGCCCAAAAACCCCAACCCAACCAUGCAUUAACGGCCUGUCUGGAGUUCUGGGUAUUGCCUUUGGAGGGUUCCUGAUUGGGGUAUUACUUGUUGGAGCGCUGUGGUUUAUCAAAAUCAAAACAGGGUACCCAACUGGACUGGAGAUGAAUUCAACUGUAGUCAAUAUUCCUGGAUGUCCUUGCUCAGGAGCAAAGCGACAACCUGUUUCUACCAACCCAUCCCCCUCUGAGAACAGCAGUGCCAAUGCUAGCAUUGGAAGCACCCAGAGCACACCUACCAGCAGCAUGGCUUGAGAAUGUGGUAUUUUCACCCAGCAGGGCCACCAUCCUCCUUCAAAUUUACCUAUACGGGUUUUGUGCUUCUUCUUUUUUUUUUUAAAUCGGUGCCUGAAAAGCAUUUGUUACAUUCCUACUUCUUUAGAUUCUCCUUUAAAAAGCACAACACAUAUCUUUGGCAUAACACCUCUGAAACGGAUGUGAUCUGGGAGCUUGUAAUUGGCGGUGGGGAGGGCUAAGCGAUGGUAACCAAAGUUUAAUCAAUGGCUUCUGACGUUCACCUCUGCUACUUCUCUGUAAAGUCAAGCUCUAAGACAGGAAGUUAAAGAGGGCAAAAGAAAAAAAAUAAAUUGGCUUGCAGCAACAGGAAAAACAAACCAUAUCCCCACAAGAGCUAACAGGAAAUUCACUGCAUUCCUUCCAAUGAAUAUGUGCUUGUGUGAUGGCAGCACAAUAAUAGUCAGACAGGAGACAAAACCAGUCAAAAGACAUACUUUAAACAGAUGAAAAGCUGUUGUGCGCUCACAUCAAGCUACAAAAAUAUGAGGGGCUGUUUGCUAGGUCAGUCUAGUCAGCAGCAUUUUGCGGACUGAAAAGAUCAACGUGUUUGGAUCUCAGACAAGUCAACAAAAUGCUUAUUUCAGUGGCUAUUUUUCUUAAAUAAAGUUUAAGGUUAAUGAUUAACAGCUACCUCUUAUUAUUUAGUCUAGACCUAAGUUUAAACUUAGAUAUCUGUAGUGAAUUUCAUUUUCUUUCUUUCUUUCUUUUUUUAUAAAUUCUGUGUCACUUUAGGUGAAUCUUAAAAUGACUGUUUCGGUCAUAUGUAGCCUAUGAAACAAAGUUAUGGUGCCAUUUUCCUGCUAUUAAUAGAUGAAUCAAAGCUGCUGUACUAAUGUGUUUUGGAAGAUAUAUUUACUAAUUGCUCAAGAAGUACAAUCAAAGUUAUCAUUUAUGGCUCACAGGUUGCAAUUAAUACUGAAUCAUUAAGACGUCAGUACCUUUAGUUGUCCAAAGUGUCACAUGUAGAGACGUAUGGCUGUAUUCAGAACUGAAUAGUAUGGCUGUAAUUAGGCGUUAGUUCUAAAACACUACAAUAUCCGUUCUAAUGAGAGUCAUCAAUCACCACGGCCUGACAAUUUGCUGUACUUUUUUCACAACAACAUUUUAAAUUACAUUUUGGUGUUUUCAGGGUAGUGUAAUCAUCACCCAGUAGAAUUAAGUGCACUGUUUAUAGUGUUAACAGUAUAUUGUACUUACAUUUGAAUACUUGACAUGAAGACCAGCUGACCUUCUUAUAUUCAGUGUCAUUUGAUUCAAAAUGUAGGCAGUAAUUUUCUGCACUAUUUUUUGAUUGGAGAUGAGUGCACAGGGUGUGAAAGGACUUUUGUCAUUAAACUGAUGCUGUGGAUCACGAAUGCAUCAGAGAUUUUGCAUUAAAGAAAAAAAACAGCUAUUGUUACCCAUGCCAUGACCUUGCUUUAGGUGGGAAGUACAGGCUCAAUGAAAAGGUGAUAAUUUUUUAAAAUAAUAAAUAUAAGUGCUAAUGUAAUACAUUAAAUGUUUUGUUUUUUUAAUGUGAAAAAAAAAAGAAUCCAGUUUAAGGCAAAUGUUUGCUUUAAAUGAGAUGGCUGUGCACGAAUGUGCCCACGUGUAUGUAAAUUUGCCCCUGAAAACAGCUCCCCCCACUUAUCCUUUGACCUUUAACUUUUUAACUUUAACGGCCUACUUAAAUCAGCUCUGAACACAGCCCAUUGUGACUCUGCAGUAUCAAUUGCAACUGUACUGUACGACCAUAUUCUGAAUGUAUGUUUAUGUAUUAAAAUUUGAAUUCAGCUCCAUGCAUACUAUUAUAAAAAUUAAAAUCUUUUUUUUUUCAUUUGUCACAUGACCUGUGUAAAGAUAUGGAAGCUGUCAUUUGCAAGAAAUUAGUUUGUGGUUAUCAAUAUUAACUUCUGCUUUCCACAUUUAAUAGGCUGCAUCAGCCACUGCCUGGCUAAUGUUAGACUUAUGCUGCAUAUUUGCAUGAUGAGGAUGUUAAGGGGGGGGGGGUCUACAACUGUAAAGUGACGGUUGAUCCGUGAACCCACUUUUUUAUUUUAAUGUACAAAUGUAAAUGAGUUUAGUAUUUUAUUGCCACUCUUUUACCUCUAAAAUAUUGCCAUCGCACAUCAACUCUAGGGUAGGUAAGCAAAUAAAUACCGGUAAUUUAGCAUUUACAGUACAUUGCAUCAACACAAGUAGUAAAACUGUGAUAUGUCAAACUUUAUGAUGACAAACACUCUCUCACACACACAUAUAUAUGAUGUAUAUAUAAAAAGUACACCCUUACUGUUUACUCAGGAAUUAAGAGCGGAAGUAGCAGCCAGAUUGCUGCUAGUCAAAUGCACUUGAUUAACUGACCAUCAGUAAGUGUGACCACCUCUGUAAAAGCAGUAGUUCUGGCGAUUUGGUCAGCAAUCAGCUUUGUUUUAAAAUGCCACUGUUUUCCAGUAAAUUCACAGCAAAGUGAGAGAGAUCGCACAAAAACUAAACAUCGGUAACUCUUCAGGCCUCACUUAGCAUGUUACAAUUCAUGAAGAUACAACUAGAAGAAGACUGAACUAAAAUAGCAUGUCACGAGAAAGCCUCUUUACUAAAAAGAACUGGGCGAGAGGUAUAACGUUUGCUUUUCUUACAUCUGAGCAAACCACAAGACUUUGGAAAAACUAAACUGAGUAUAUCAGCAGAAAUACCUCCUAACAACUGUCAAGCAUGGUGGUGGACGGGUUAUGAUUUGGGCUUGUUUUUUAAUCACAGGACCUGUGCACCUUGCAGUCAUUAGAUCAAGCAUGAUCUCCUCUUUUUACCAAAGCAUUUUAUUUAGUUUAGAAGUUGGGUUAUGUUAUGCAGCAGUACAAGCUCAUCAGCAAAUCUACAGCAGUGCAGCUGAAAAGAGAAGAUUACUACAUGUUAUAGUGCUAAGGGUUGUUCUUCAAGCUUUGAAACAUGAAGCGUGCCUAGUUUCUCAGAGGAUACACAGUGUAUAUAUAUAUAUAUAUAUAUAUAUAUAUAUGUCUGUGUGUGUGUGUGUGUAGACCUAGGAAUUAUUUAAAUUCAAAUGAGAAAUGCUUAUCCUCCUUCUCCUUCUGGUUUGCUAUAAGAAUUUGUUCACCUUUAAUUAUGAUCUUAAAAAUGUUCCAAACCACCAACAUUGUAAAAUGUCUUUUCUUUGUAUGUGAGCAAUGUAGCAGAACCACAUUUUCUCUCUUACUCAGUGUGUCUGCAUGUACAUUUUCCAGUGCAUGCCUGAUUUUCUUUGUAUAUUUUUUGUAGACAAAGAGGGCCAGUACAAACUGUCACUUGAGUAUUUGUGCAAUAUAAUGAGGUAAACCUGUAUGUAAUGUCUAUAUGUCAUUUUUAUCCUUUUUUUUGUAAGUUUUGUAUGAUAAUCUUACAUUGAAUGAUUUUUUAACCUGACUUGUUCUUUUAUGUAUUUAAUUUACUGGGACAAUUCAUAAUCAUGGCACGUAUAAAAUGCACAUUGAUUCUGUAUAGCAAUUGUUUUUGAAUCUCAUAUAGGUUUUUAUUCUGUAAUCACAGACAGUGCGUGUCACAUCACGUCACAGUACAUAUGGUUUAUUGAUUUUAGCCCUGUUACACUUUUGCCCUCACCCUAAGGGUCCCGUGCUGUCCAAAAACACAAGAUAUCUCUGCAAACUUGACAUCCUGACAUUGUGUUGUAUUCAUUGUACUAUCUUCACUGGGUGUGAGGGGGAAGUGCAUUCUGGAUUCUGAAGACAGGAUGUCUCACUAAACAGUAGCAUCACAGUUAAAUAUUCAGCACUGACAGUUACCAGGAUACAUUCGCACCAAAAAUAGUCAAAACGCAGCUAUUAUUACAAACUUUUUUUUCAUUAGAUUUGUGGAAGCGUUUGCAGCAUGAGACUUUUUUUCUAUAAUAACUAUCCUGCACCUGCGUUAAACCAGCCCCAGUAACUGUCUAAGCACUGACAGUAGAAUCAGACAGGUUGUCAGUUAAUUCAGUGUUAACCCUGCAGAUCCCUUCGUUACCUCUCACAAAAGCUCUCACUUCCACAGAUGCUCUACACA